GAAAUAGGGAAGGGAAUUUGACAAGAAAGAUAAAAAAGUUUUACAUAAACUCGAAACUACGUCAUCAAUAAGUCCAAGGAAUUUUAUCUAAAAUAACGGAGGCCAUGUCAUUGGAAAAGCACUCAUAAUUCUUAAAAAAAGAGAGAUGAAAAACAACGUAAUAAACACAAACGCUUUUACUAAACACACACACACACAAAGAGAAAUAUAUAAAAGUAACAGGUAAACAGGCAACCUUGAACCACGUGAUUUUUUUCUCUCUUAUCAUCCUUACUAAGAAGAUUUAAUUAGUUACAAGCACUGUUCUCAGUGCGGCUCGAGGGCGUCUGGCCUUUCUCUGAGGCUCAGCAGGCGAGUAUUUUCAGAAGAAUGAAGCAUAUAGGAGUCAUAGGGGCUGGGGCAGCUGGGCUUUGCUCAGCUCGGCACAUCCUAGCCAACCAGGGCAUGGUGCCUAUAGUGUGGGAACAGUCCGAAAAGGUUGGGGGAACGUGGAACUACACACUGCAAACUGGCACUGAUAAGCAUGGAUUACAGAUUCAUUCAAGCAUGUACCAGAACCUGAAAACAAAUCUCCCCAAGGAAGUGAUGGCUUUUCCUGAUUUUCCGUUCCCAGAAGGAGACGAAUCUUUUCUCCACCACUCAGAAGUCCUUAAGUACCUAGAAAGUUACGCACAGCACUAUGAUCUUUAUCCGUACAUUAAGUUCAAUCACCAUGUAGAAGAAGUAAAACCUAUAAUCAAGGACCAUGGCCCCCCUUCCUGGUCCAUUAAAGUAAAAGACCUGAACUCCGGAGAAUUCUCAACUACUGUUUGUGACGCACUCCUUGUUUGCAAUGGCCACUACUCUGUCCCACGAUUCCCUGUCAUCAAGGAUAUAGAGAAAUUCAAAGGACGCCAGAUACACAGCCACAAUUACCGAGAACCCUCUCCAUAUGCUGGAAGCCGAGUGGUUGUGCUGGGUGCAUCAGCGUCCGGUCUUGAUAUUAUGCUUGAGCUUGCUCCAUAUGCCAAAGAGAUUUUACUGUCGCAUAAUUUGCCUGUACCAAUCCCAUCCAAAUUGCCGUCCAAUGUCCGUCAGGUGUGUGGCGUGGUGGCAGCCUCUGAGAAUGGGUUUAUUUUUCGAGAUGGAACUUCUGCCGAGGUUGACAUUAUUUUGUAUUGUACAGGUUAUGAAUACACCUUCCCCUUCCUUAACAAGGACUGCAAUGUCAUGAUAGAGGACAACGUUGUGAAGCCACUUUACAAGCAUCUGAUACAUUCCAUGUUUCCGUCGCUGGCUUUUAUUGGCAUACCAUUCCAGAUAUGUCCUUUCCCGUUGUUUGACUUUCAGGUCCAGUUCUUUUUAAAAACAGUUACAGGGGCAUAUGCCUUACCCAGCAAAGAGGAGAUGAAUGAAUUUGUCCAGAAAGAUUUCGAGGGCCACUGCAACUUUGGCCAGCCAUCCAAACAUUUCCACAAAAUGGGAAGCAUACAAUGGCCCUAUAAUGAUCAACUUGCUCAGAUGUCCGGAAUCGCCCCUCUUCCCCCUGUUGUUUCCAAGCUGUACAAAGCCGUUUCACAUAGUAGGCAGAGCAUGCUUAUGUCAUACAAGACUGCUAGCUAUAGAAUAACAGGGCUGACUUCCUUUGAACGUGUGAAGUAGCAUAUGGCACAUACAGGUUAUUAUCAUUAUUAUAUAUGUAUGUUUAUAAAGAAUUUUUAGGUGAAUAUGCAGAUAUAUAAAGAAAACCACUUGUAAAAGCAUUUUGAAAAUGCUCUUUUUUUACAUUUGCUUUAUUAUCUCUCUUUUCAUCAUUAUAUCUCUUGUUGAACUGCUAAUUAAUGUCUUCUUUAAGGGAGUUCUUACUAUGUUUAACAAGGAAGCUUUAACAGAAUUAACACAGUUAAUUAUUGUCAUAGAAUUAAAAUGUUGUACAUAGUUUUCUGCCUUCAGAAUGUGGUAUUAUAUAAGUACAUAGACAUUAUUUUGAGGGUUAAGGGGCCAUCAUGAACAUGGCCAAAAUCAACAGUGUAUACAUUUCUGUAAAGUUACACCUCCCAGAUAUAUCCAUUAGGCUGUGAUAAUGUUUGGCAGUGUAUAUUUAGUCUCUGAAAUAAAUAUUUUAGGGGUUAUGUUUGAAA